AUGCAACAUUAAAACUCAGAAUCUUCCCAGGUACACUCAGCUGAACUCGCAUCUCCUGUCAUUACGUCCUACAACUGUUGCUCUGGAAGCUUCUCCUCCUGCUCCUGUGGGGGUUACCUGCGCUACCCAGGCUCCUCCUGUGGCUCUUCCUACCCCAGCAAGCUGGUCUACAGCACUGACCUCUGCUCUCCCAGCACCUGCCAGCUGGGUUCCUCUCUCUGUAGGGGCUCUCAGGAGACCUGCUGGAGGCCCAACAGCUGUCAGACAUUGUGUGUGGAGUCCAGCCCCUGCCGCACCUCCUGCUACUACCCCAGGACCCACAUGCUCUGCAAUUCUUGCCCGACUAGGCACGUUGGGUCUCGGGGUUUUGGAUCCAAUAGCAGCUGCUCCCUGAGCUGUAGAUCUAGGAGCUGCUCCUCACUGGGCUGUGGAUCCAAUGGCUUCAGAUAUCUGAAUUAUAGAAUCCAUACCUUACCUUCCCAGAGUUGUAGAUCCAGAUUCUGCCAUCCAAUCUAUUUUCCAUCUAGGAGGUGGUUCCAUUCAUCCUGUUAUCAGCCAUUCUGUAGAUCUGGUUUCUACUGACUGAUAUGGUGACU